AAUUUAGCACCCGAUUAAUGGCCAAUCUCUUACUGUGGGUAUGCGUCACCACCACUCCGGUCAACAAUGACAACAACAUUACGCUUGGCGGAGACGAAGAAGACGAUGACGAAGUUCCGCUCACCCAGCCCUACGUCCGUGGUGGAGUGUGGAGCAACCAAGCCUCGUGUUUGUUUAUUUGUUUAUUGAUUUAUUUCUGUACAUCAACAGAAAUCGAAGCAAAAGCAAAGGGCUAUACAGCCUGACAGAGGCUUUUGCUUCGAGAUACAGUUCAGCACGCAGUCAUAAUACAAGUAGAGAAACAGCAACAAUAUACAAUAAUUAACACACGGUAAUCAUUGAACAAUCUAAAUUGUCUCUGUAGAAAUAUAAAAAACAAAAAAAACAGAAGUAUCACAGAGUAAAGAAAACAAGCAGAUCGACAUACAUAUAUUGUGACAAGCAGCAACGAAAGAAACAAUGUGUGCUGAGAAAUAAAACACCCAGUGCACAUUGAGGAAGAUAAAAAAAGUCAAUACACAUGGAAGUUUUAAUCAACACUUAAACAGUACUUAAACAUAUUCAAUGCAGUUUUCUAGAAGAACUUGUUUAAACCUAUUUUUGGAAAUUUGUUUAUUUAGGUCUAAAAUAUUGCCAAGUUUAUUAAGCAGACUGGGUAUUUGGGGCAGAAUAUGCUGCCGACCAUAGGUAGUUCUAAUUUUUCGUGUUCUUAUACAUUGUGUACGGAGGCAGUAUUGAACACAUCUAGAAGAACUAACUGUACGUGGGGUAUAGCUUAUUAUUUUGGAUAUGCAAAAAAAGCUUGAGAUAAUAGAUUUGGUUAGCUUGCAAUAUGAAAUGUUUUGUAAAUAGCGGACGCGUGCUGAGACCUUGCGGGUGACCAUAAUAUCCCUCAAAUAUUCGUAGUACUUUUUUUUUAAUGUGAGCAAUGUGGUAUAAUUCUGUGCUGUAGUUGUGCCCCAAAUCAACACGCAGUAACUAAGCCUGGAAUAGAAUAGCUAUAGCGCUUUCUCGAGCCAAAGUAAUAAUAAUUGACUUAACCUGUACAUACAUCCAACACUUUUGCUUAAUUCUAAUGCUAAUUUGUUUACGUGUUCAUUCCAAGACAGGUCUUCCUGGAACCAUACGCCCAGAAAUUUUUGAACUUUAACUUGCUGAAGCGUCUGGCCCUCAAAGGAAACAUUUAAGCUUAUAUUCCGUGGCUUAUUGAUCGGUGCAAACAAUAUGUAUUUAGUUUUACUCGCCUUUAGCCGUAACUUGUUGAGUUUAAGCCAACAAGACAGCUUACUUAGAUAGGUAUUUACACUUUACACUUUAUUCGCAGUCCGAGGCCACGUUCAUUGAAGGGCACGGCCAAGCGCAGCUGAAGUCAAAAAUGCCGCUGCACAGAAACCGCACGCCAUCCUUGUUGCAGCGGUGGAAAGAAGGACGCACGUUCUCGAUCUUCCGAAGGCGGUCGAGAAACUCGCGAACCACCGGCGCUGAAAUCCAGCGCUGGCCUACGUUGUGGUUCGCGCAGAUGACAGCAGUUGCGGAAACCUUCGUCCUCUUGGCAGCUCCGGUCGCGCCGACGUAUGUGGCGCGAGAAGCUCAGCGCGCGUUGAGACGGUGAGUCUUCAGGGCCUCAACGGCCAGGCGGAUGCCACAAUAGACAAGUACAAUAAGAUGCAACAAGUGAACGAGUCGGCAACAAAACGUGAAAGAACUGGGCUACUGAGACGCGAAGUAGUCGGCAUCAUAAUCAGCUGUGUGUAGAGAAAGAAGUGAAGUGAACACAAUGGGACCCGAGCGUGCAUUGAGUGAGAAUCGUCAAGCCCAGUGCUCUGUCAAACACUGAAUCUAAAUGGAAUGUGCAUUGAAAACUUGUUCUGCGCAUUUUCGAACCCGAAACAUUGAACAAGUCCGCGAUAGCUGCACAGAAAUGGUGAAUUUGAUAAUAGACAGUUUUAGUUUCGCGUACGUAGAAGCACUACGUGCGUAAAGAUCUUGCUGGAGGUAAAUGCGCUCCGAACGCAGGGAGGCCCGUCGCGUCUCACGUACGCACGUGAAAUCUACGCCCUUGUGUCGCGCGUCCCACGUAUACGUGACGGCUUUGCGAGCUACCUGGCAGAGAACGCAGCACAAGCUAUAUAGCAUGGAGGCGCGAAGCUUACGAAGUGCAAGAAAAACACGAUGUCUCCGUUUGCGGCUCGAUUUGAACGAACUUGGUGGGAAUAGCGUUCCCGUAUCACGCAGAAGGUGCCAGCAGACUAUGCGCAAGCAAUGAUCCAAACCUUUGCCAGGCCUACACCAGCACUCUUGCGUACGCAAAACUAUAACUGUCCCACGGAUGCGGCGCGUAGGGCACGUAGAAGGUUCAGGUUUACGUGCGCAAAACUUCUCCUUACGUGAAACUAAAGCUACCUGUUGCCGUGUGUCGCUACGUUGCUUCAAGGCUAAUCGCAAUAACGUCGGCAUUUAUCGUGAAAUGGGUUCUGCCGAAACCUUUUUUCUCUUGUUUCUUUGUUUGUUUUUCAACUUUAAAAGCCCAUCAAUUAUUGCACUUUUCUCUGCCCUACUCGACUCUCCGCCAAUCCAUCUAUAGUCGGUUCACGCCAUAGUUUGAAUUCAUCAUCAUCAUAAUCAUCACCGUCAUCAUCCAAAUCACGAUUCAUACAGUUGGAGAGAAAGAUUGGCGUGGCUCAGAACGUAGAAGAAGAGGAAGACGAUGGACAAGGCUUUGGUGCUGUCGCUGUGGUUCUGGUCUCAACUCUCCGCCGUCGGCCAAGAAACACCCGCCUGCGCAUCGUAUCGCCAGAAACGGCCGACGCACACUACCUGUUCCGCGGUACGCAAAGAGUUCAAAAUAGCCAGCGGCGAGGUGGAUCUCCGAAUAGACGACAUCCUGUCGGCGCACAACCACUACCGCAGUCAACUGGCGCUGGGGCAACUCGCCGACUUCCCUCCGGCGGCCAACAUGGUCGAGCUGCGCUGGGACAAAGAGAUGAGCGACGUGGCCUUGGCGCUAGCCAGGCAGGGAACCGACGAGACCGGAGUGGCGAGGCACGACCUCGUGGAAGACCGCUUCACGUACGGCUUCCCCAGGACCGGCCAGAACGUGCUCACGGACCGCUCACGGAACUGGAUGCCGUCCACGAAGUGGCACGAGGUGAUAAUGGACUGGUUCGAUCAGAACUUGCACUACGACGUCGCCAAAGUCGGCACCUACGAGGAGACUUUGCCAUCGAGCGAUGCGUUCGCGCAGGUCGCCUGGGCAGCCACGUGGGCCGUCGGCUGUGGCUACGCUCAAGGGGAAAUGACCACGCUCUCUUCCGAGCCCAAGAGACUAGUCGUUUACGUGUGCAACUACGGGCCCGCCGGCAACGAGCUGAACAGGUCCGUCUAUCUCGAGGGUCCGGCCUGCUCGCGCUGUCCUCGCAACACGCGCUGCAACCAGUCGACGGGGCUCUGCGUACUUCUCGACGGGGUAUGGUCGCUUGACUUCAGGGGACAUGAGGAGCCGCCUCAGGAAAACAUGCUGCCGACGCCCUCAACUCCGGCAGCGUCGAGCUCACCCCCGACCGUCACACCCAGUUCAAUAGCGGCAGCGAUAACAAGCGUCGCUGCUCUUGUGAUGGCAGCGGUAGUUCGAGAAUCGGGGGACUUGGGAAUCACGCCUGUCACUAUUGCUGCCCACUGCGGACUGUUAUUGGCUUAGCGACUGAAUCGGGAAGACUAAAAUAAAUCUACUUUGCGACUAUUACUUUUUUUUUUUCUAGAACCUGAACAGAAAGACGCAACACGCCCUCCUUACAGCGUCAAUGGUUCCGUAUAAAGUCCGAGUACGGGGAAACCGUGUGUGUGUGUGAAGUGAUUUUUAAAGAGAAAUCGAAGAGAUAAGUGCAGUGCCGUAACUGAUGCGCGUCGUAUUCUGCACGUGCUAGUAAAACUGUGCGAUGGCGAGCCGGCGAACGCCGUACAAACUCGCGUGCGCGAGCGAG